UCGCAACAUACAUAUGUACACAUAUAUAAAUAUUUUUGUUGCCUCUAUUUGUUUGUAUACACUGUAAAAAAAUGUGCAUCUGGACUUGAUUUGAUGACGACCACCCACCGCCAAAAACAAAUGCAGUCGGCCAAAAUUAGGGUUUAAUCGCCCAAUCAUGGUACUUUCCAGAAGCAAUUUCUGCUGAUCGCCGCGAGUGCUGCAGUUCAGUUAGUCAGUUAGUUUGCAGCAGAUAAGAGGGGUGAAUAUAAAAUAUCCCGUGUUAUAUAUCAUCAUGGAGGAAUACAAAAAUAUUGUAAAAAGUUCUGAUCUACCACACGAAUAUGUAUAUGAUGAUGAAAAGCCGGUUUCGAACACACCGCCCUCCGAAUUAAAUUUACGAGAUAUUUUGGAUUCGGCUGUUGCUGCUGAAGCCGAAACGCAAACUAAAAAACUUUCGGUCUCAAUUCCGCCGUAUCGGCAUGCUGCUCGUUGCAAAAAUGGUGAGCGUGUUUAUGAAUAUAAUGACCCAAGAAAACAAAGCUACAAUUCAAAAUUAUGGAGGGACGCCUACAAAAUAAACCGCCAACAACUGGAUAUUGCAGAUCCAAACACAGGCAAUAACAACCUGAUAACGCAGAUACAUCCGUGUCUGCACAGGGUCACAGGUAAUCGAGAUCCGGAAACCUGCCUCAAGUGCCCGCGGUGUCAAAAGCCCAUUUCGUCCACCAAGGUUUUGAAGAGAUUUACAUAGUUAGGAGUGCAACCUUAUAGAUGGGUGUCUAUCUAUGA